CUGCCUGGAGCAGGAACCAGCGGCCCAGCACUGCCACCGCCAGCGUCCCAGAGCAGCUGCGUGAAGCAGGGAGCAGGCGGCGGAGGGAGCUGUCGGCCCCAGGACCAUGAACAACAGCAACUGCAGCUCCAACGCGCUCACCUGGCCCCAGGCGGCUAUGAGCAUCUUCUAUACCUACACGGGCGUGGUGCUGGUGCUGGGCCUGCUGCUCAACAGCCUGGCGCUCUGGGUGCUGUGCUGCCGCAUGCAGCAGUGGACGGAGACCCGCGUCUACAUGGCCAACCUGGCCGUGGCCGACCUCUGCCUGCUCUGCACCCUGCCGUUCGUGCUGUACUCCCUGAAGUACAGCACCACCAAGGACACGCCGUUCUGCCAGCUCUCCCAGGGCAUUUAUCUGGCCAACAGGUACAUGAGCAUCAGCCUGAUCAUGGCCAUCGCCGUGGACCGCUACCUGGCCGUGCGGCACCCAAUGCGUGUCCGCGGGCUCCGCUCCCCGCGGCAGGCCAUGGCCGUGUGCCUGGUGCUCUGGGUGCUGGUGGUUGGCUCCCUGGUGCUUCGCUGGAUCCUGGGGAUGCAGGAGGGCGGCUUCUGCUUCACCAGCCUCUCCAAGCAAAACUACAACACCGCGGUCUUCUCGCUGCUGGGCUUCUACCCGCCGCUGGUUGUGCUGGUCUUCUGCUCUCUGCAGGUGGUGACCGCCCUGGGCCGGAGGCCGACCGCUGACUUGGGCCAGGUGGAGGCCAGCCAGAAGGCCGCCCGCAUGGUUUGGGCGAACCUGGUUGUGUUUGUGGUCUGCUUCCUGCCCUUGCACGUGAUGCUGACGGUGUACAUGGCCACGAGUCUGCCCGCCUGCGUCAUCCGCCGGGCCCUCUACAUCACCAGUAGGCUCUCGGACGGCAACUGCUGUCUGGACGCCAUCUGCUACUACUACAUGGCCAAGGAGUUCCAGGAGGCGUCGGCACUGCCCGGGCUCCCCACUGCCAAGGUCCACAAGAGCCAGGAGUCUCUGUGUGUGACCCUGGCCUAGGAGACAAGCCAUGAGCACGGUGGGCCAGGUCCCGAGCUCUCCGGGAGGUGCUGCCUGCUGGGGGAACCUGUGCCCAGCAGCAAGGAGCCCCAGCAUCAGCCCUGAACUUGCCGUGGGCUGUGGGCACUCUCCAGGAGACCCGGGGAGGGCAGGGAUGACCCAGGCACAGAUAUUGGGGAGGUGACAUCCCACCCCUGGGCUGCGAGAGGGAUGGGGACAAGGGCAAGAGGAGAAGCCUGAGUAAGGCCACCACUCCCAGGGGCCCCCUGGAUGUGCAUCUGGCCACUAGGGGGUGAGUGCCUGCUAAGUGCUUUGAGGCCUUGAUGGCCAGC